AUGGAUAGAGUUCUUCAUAACUACGGUUUAAUUGACCAAGAUAGUGAUUCAUCUGACUUUGAACAUGAAAUGGCAGAACUUAACGUUCCUAUUCGGAAAGAAAAAAAUUUUGCAGAACGCAAAAAUUACUUCGAGUUAUUAGACGAAGUAGAGUUUCAAAAACGAUUUCGUUUAAAGAAACAAACUGUAGAGAUGGUCCUGCAAGAGUUACUUGAUCUGAUAAAAUACCCCACAGACAGAAACAAUGCUAUUUCUCCAAUGAUUCAAUUGUUAUUAACUUUGAGGUUUUUUGCAACGGGGAAUUUUCUAACAACAGCCGGUGAUUUUAGUGGUGUUAGCGUUGCAGCUGCUGGACAAAUUGUAAAGCGUGUCAGCUAUGCAUUAGCUAAAAAAAGUGAUAAAUAUAUCAAAAUGCCUAAAACAACUGCAGAGAUUAUGGAGGUGAAAAUGAAGUUUUAUGGUAUAGCCCGUUUUCCAAAAGUAAUAGGUGCAAUUGAUUGUACCCAUAUCAAGUUGCAAUCUCCAUCAAGAGAAAACGGAGAACAAUAUCGAAACAGAAAGGGGUAUUUUUCACUAAAUUUACAAGCUUUGGUUAAUGCAAAUUUGGAGUUUUUGAAUGUAGUGGCACGUUGGCCAGGGUCAGCACAUGACAGCAAUAUUUUUGCAAAUAGCAGGCUCAGGGCAAGAAUGGAUCUCCAUGAGUUUAAAGAUUGUGUAAUUCUGGGAGAUGCCAGCUAUGCACUAUCCUAUUACUUACUAACACCUAUAGAAAAUCCAACAACAAGGGCUGAAAGAUUAUACAAUGAAUCUCAGAUUAGGACUUGUAAUGUGGUGGAACGGACGUUUGGAGUCUGGAAACGAAGAUUUCCUGUCUUAUUUUUUGGACUCCGUUUGAAAAUGGAAACGUCAAUGGCAGUUAUUCAGUCCUGUGCCAUACUUCACUACAUUGCUCGUUUGGAAAAUGAUCCACAACCACCAGAUGAGAUUGAAAAUAUUACACAGUUAUUAACUAACGAAUUAAUGGAUAUAGAAGAUGCCAUCCAGCCAGAACAUAAUAAUUCUAGUCUGAGAAAUGCUCUUAUAGCAGAACAUUUUGGUCUCAUGUGA